ACCUCAACAGAAAAAAGAAAUCACACACACACACACACACACACCUCUGACAUGCCCUUUGUAUCCCAGCUAACCCAGGUAAGCUUGAAUGUACUUGUUUUAUGUCUGUCCUGUCUUCUUGGAUUCUCACUUCCGCAACACAAAGUCAAACCCAGUUAGAGACUCUGGUUACACUCACGUUGUGUCUUUUAACUUGAUCAGAUUUAGUCCAUUAGCCAUUUAGCCGAGUAACUUUCUGUUUCUAAGUGACUUAAGUCAUUUGCAUACAGAUUCCUGACACAAUAAUUAAGAUGCCAGUUAAAUUAUGCAAAUAGCCAUCCAUUCCUAGCCUGUGGUGGUUAAAUGGAAAAGCUCAGCAAUAAUUUUCAAAUCAGUCAUUUUUCAUCUCUGCGUUUCAGCUUUGAUAUUCUUUGACCGUGGAAGAAACACAGCAGUGUAUUCUCAUUCGAUUAACACGCAUAUAUUGUUUAUGGUAGUAUUCUAGACCCAAGUUGCCUUAAUGCCAGUACCUUUCAGUGACCAGUGGCUGUUAAUAGCCAGCCUCCUCUACACAGACACGUGUAACAGUCCAGGUGGGAAAGGUCAGCCACUUUGUUUACUUCCAGCGAACAAUGAGAAUAAAAGUCAGAUGACAAAUAUCAAGUUGGUUGAAAGUGCCUCUUUUAUAAUAAGCACUGAGCAACAUUUUAUCUUGAUUACACACAACAUUGCAUUCAAAGGCAAUAUGCGGCGGCCCUGAGCUUAAAAGGCUGAGUAAUAUCUCUCUAAAGAAUGACUUGUGUGGCGGUGAAUGGAGAAAAUGGCUUUAGAAAAAUGCCUUGGGCUGCCUGAAUGAGGUGUGCUCCAUUAUGUACCACAAUUACACAACAUGGCAAAUGAGUUUCUAUUGAGAGGGGUGCUUCCAUCCUAUAGAAAAAAAAAAAGCUGGCUCUGCGAGUCUCCGAAGACCCCCCCCCCCCUCCUCCUCUGCUUCUUAUCUCGCCAAUGAGCCAACAAAAGGCCCUUUGCACUCCAGAGGCAGAUUGAAAGAGAAAGGUGGCACGUUCACAUGCAGCUCUCGCCUGUUUACUCUGGAGCACAAAGUGAGGGUGUGUGUAUGUGUGCACGUGCAAUACUGUGCGCAUUUCCUGUUCCCUUUUGCUCCGUCUCUAUCUCUGUUUUUCCCCUUCACACACACACUCACACACACACACAAAUAGAUAGCUAAGGGACGGGUAUAGAAGAUGCACUUCCCCGCUCCACGGCCUGGCAUUAGCAUGUUUAUUACCAUUUCCAUUUUGGUCUUCUGCUCGCUCUCCUUUCCCAUCAAUGUAUUGAAGGUGAGUAGAGGCCUAUCACGGACCAAAAAACCAGGAAAAAAGAUGAUUUUUUUCUUUCUUGGCCUUAUUGCAAAUAAAAAGGAUGUGCUCCCUGUCCUCACAUUGCCUCCAGUGGAUGCAUAUAAACUCCAAAAUAUAUUGGCAUUGUGAUGAUAAGGUAAUGUUUGGCACACUUUCUUUAUUAUAUAUGUCCAUUUCAUUACCCUCUGUCACCAUUUGCUAUGACGCAACAGGUAUCCAAACCAACACCAAGGUCAAGCAUUUACAUUUGCUCGACAGCUAGUGUGUUGUAGGUCUGACAGAGGAAACGUAUUGUUAAGACCUGAAUAAUUGUGAGCAGUGAUAACAGCUUUGGCUUGACGGACAAAGGAAGGGAAGCAAGAUGAAAAUCAAAUAUACACAAAAGGGGAAAUGAUGCCACAGUGCUGGCCACUGACACAGAAAAGCAUUGCUGUGAUAACAUAACCUCCAGCAAGCCAUAUUCUUUGAGUUUACACUUCAGCAGUUGUAACUUCAGUUGUACACAUCCAUAAUACAGCCAAAGACCCAACAUAAGGAUGACUUUCAGGAAGCUUGGAGUAAGCUGACACACUGCAUUGUGGGGGCAGCGUACUGUAUGGGUAACACAAGGUUACCUCAAGGAGGCAUUAUAUAUUAUUUAGGAGACCAAAAAGCUCCCUCCUUCCAAAGCCACUUCGUACAGUACGAUAAACACGGCGCUGCUGGUUUGCCGCUCAUCAUUGCACCUGACGUAAACUGCAGUUUGAAAAAAAUGCAACUUCACAUUUUGUUUAAGUCCAAUCUGUCACCAUGAGCAGCAAAAUAGUUUUUCUCUCCUCCUUUGGCCCUUUCAGUGUGGUAGAGAUAAAUAAAUAAGCAAAUACAAACAAGUGCUACUACACCAGGCCUAAUACAUAUAAAGUGACUGCUUAGUGCAUUUGGGCUCCAAUGGUCUGUGGAAACAACUGCAAAGCAGCUGUUGUGGGAGGCUCGCCACAGGAGGCGAUGCCUGAUUCCAUGAGGGAAAAGCACAUUGUUGUAAUAGCCAUGCAAUGAGGAGAGGGGACUUGAGGUGACGAAACCAAAGUUCGGGGGGGGGGAUAUUAGUAUUCGAAUGUGUCUCUAACUUGAUAGUAAGUGCCAUUAGCAAUGAACUUCCAGGCUUAGGGAAGUGAUUUGCAUGAAAGGCGAACCCUGAAACGUAAUCAUUUCCAGAGUCGCAUCUGCUGGGCCACAGCGUGAGCUACGGGUUUCGUCAGUGCACUAUUUUUUCUGGGCCCUCUGUUUUGAUUAACUACGAGAUGACUCGACUUAUAUGCAACUCGGGUCUUUCAAUUAAGGUUGUCGUGAUUUGCUCUGUAAUUGAGAACGACAGGAAGGGAUUGAGAAAUGGAGAAACAGCACAUUUUGGGUGUCACGGCUGGAAUAUGAUUUCAGUGAAGUGGUAUUUGAUCUAAUUUAUGAAUAUGCUCCCGUAAGAUAUCUGCGUACACGUGUGGACUCAUGGAGAGCCUGUAUAUCUGUCAUGAGACGAUGUUAGGGCAUUUGGAUUUCAUUUGUACACUUUUAACUAAAGUAAACAAAAUAAAUACUCAGAAAAUGUAGCAGACACCCCACAGGGUCCACACUCUCUGCUAGGAGUAGUUCCAGCAGAAUGAUGUGUGGAUUUGAGUGCUGCAGUUCAUGAUUCAGGCAUGAUUAAGGAUUUAUAUUGCAUCCUCACACUCCCAUUAUGCUGUCAACAGCCAUUUCCUGUGCCCCACACACAGGCGUGCAAACUUAUGCAGCUGUGCACAACUUGACAGUGGGAGCGGAAAAUGGGAAGCCGCUCUCCUGUGACGGAAAAACAGAAUGCAUCAUUUCCAUUUGUAUGGAAUGGUGCAAUGGCACGGUCAAAGCCGUGUAGCUGAGAUGGAUCUUUCCAUAUACAAUGAAAGGGCUGCUACAUGAUCAGUGAUUAUUCAUAGACAAUGUAUGAACUCGGCUCUUUGUCAUUGUCAGAACAAAAAUGGUCUCCUCCUUCAUAAAAGACAUCAAAAACGGAUUAAUUUAUAUUCCAAGCCUAGUUAACCGAUAUCCCAGAGAUGCUGGUCAAGGCGAACUGUAUGGACCUGCCUGUGAAGAGUGACUGAUAAUAAUAAUUCUAAAUGUACCUUAAAGCUCAUUCCUAACCAUCAUUUUCAUUUUUUAAUCUGCGUGUUCUUGCUUUCCUUCUUACAAGUGCAGAGUGAGGGAUGAACAAAAGCUGUACUGCAUGCUCAAAUUGCUUAGCGAGAUAAAUGCUAUGUCAGCUGUCUCGGACUGCCGGAGCGAGGGAUGCAGUGGGGAUGAAGCAAGUGACCAUUGUAAAACUACUGCAGGGGGGGCGCAGCUACCAUACAAUUCAGUGGUUUACUGGCGGGAGUGCUAUAGAUGGCAAGGCCCGGGCUGCCACAUGGAACACUCCAUUUUGUUCGAAAAAAAAAGUUUCCCUCCAAAAGUGGUGCUGUGGGAAGAUGCUGAGUCACUGUAGGAGUUUAACUCUUUUGUUCCAUUAAACUACGAUAUUAUAGACUUCUUGGAACAGCAUUUUAGUUCUGAGUGAAUUGUAUAACCUAAGUGGUCGGUGCACUAUGAAGUCAUACUGAUUCAUCAGUAUGACUUCAUAGUGCAGGACUCUUAAACAUGAAACACACUCAGUACGCAGGACUCUUAAACAUAAUUGUCCUUGUCACCAGUUGUGGCGUUUCAGAAGCCAUUAUUGUUUUUGCAGGUUUUUCACAGAUCACCAAUUAUCUUCAUGUCCAUUAGAUGUUUCAUUAAAUAAUCCACAGGCAGAGUUAUUGCUUGGGAUUUGGCCAAUACUGAUUUGAUGCUACUCUCCCCUCAAUUCCAGACUUCUCUCAUACGUCACAGAACUGGAGCAUGAGAUGACAAGCUAUUCAUUAUUGUAAUUAAAAAGAUGGAGUUGACUGUCCUCACAGAAAUUGAUCUCUUCUCAGAAAAAAAGAAAAGAAACCCCACACCCCCUUAUAUCUUACUGCGUGGUUAAUGGUGGGAGCCAAUCAGUUUCUGUAUUGUACGCAAGAUGAUUUAAGGCAUAACCGCUGCCAACAAGAUGGAUGUUAGACUUUACAGUCUGCAUAGCGUGUGAGGAAACAUCUGUUGGAGCCACAAAGGUGCUUGGACCGCACACUGAACAUGAUAGAUAACUCUGCACACGCUGCGGCUCUGUAUUUGUUUGAAUUCAAGUAAAGACAGCCUCCUAAAUUAAUAAUUAUUGAUUCAGACAAAUGAGGAAUGUGUUUUAUGUUUGUUUGUUUUCCUUAGAUGCCACUGUUCUCCACAGUGACCUCACUGUUACUGCCAGCGUAAUUAGAUCAUGAUGAUUCAAAAAUGCAAAUUGUUUCCCACAUCUUGUGGAAGCAACAGUUGAACAGUAAAUAAAAUAUGGUACAGAGAGGUUACACACCUGAAACAUGUUUCUUGCCUUUUAAAGAUAUUUGAUAUACAUUGUUGUGUAUGUUAAAGUAAACAAGACAAAAAGAGACUACAUGCAGCCAUGCCAACCGUUGUAAGGCUGCAUUUGUGCAUAGCACGCUAAUGUAAUCACAGUGACAAUGCCAACAUGCCAGUUUAGCAGGUAAAAGAUCAACACCACAGUUCGGCAUGUCAGCAUGCUUACCGUUGCUACAUCCUCUGUAUAGUUAUGCCAAUCAUAAGAUCAGACAUUUGAUCUUUUUUUAGCUUGAUAAACGACUAUCUGAAUUCGUGCAAAUGGCAGAAUGUAACGCAGAAAUAUUCCAUGACGAGGUAGUCAAGGGGUGCUAAUGCUAGUAGCUUUGAUCGUAGCUCCACUCAAGUCAUUUUCUACUCGAUUAAUUGGGCACUGCAGGGUCAUCCUUAAUGCAUUUGAGAAACUUUUCAAGCUGUGAAGGCUGCUCGCUAAUUACAGCCAAACAACUUUGGCCUGAGAAAGUGGCAAGAAUUGAUUUCUGGGUGUAAUUAGUUGCCUAUAGAUUAUCACAUUCAGUACAGCAAAGAUGAGUGCAGUUAACAAUGAAAUGUUUUAUGGCUGCAUGAAAGGGGGACAAAACAAGUUUAUCACAAGUUUCAUCAGCGCUAAACCCGAGCCGUCAGAUCUCAAAACAUGUGGCCUCAAUAUCAAAAUUUCCAUAAUAAAACAAUGCCAUCCACCGCCUGCUGUGACACCCAUCAUCCCCCCCUAGUCAUGUUUGGGGAGAAUGCCCGUCUGAUGAAUUUCAGCUGCCUGAUAUAACCCCUUUUUCCAUUAGGGCUCUUUGAGAGCCAUGAGGUCCUUCUCUGCAGGAUGUCAGCAUGCAUGAAUAAUCUUUAUACUCCCCUCUCCUGUAGCAAGCUUUUAGCUCUAUCAAUUAUUGAAAUGGCUGUUGCUAGGUUUUUCCCUUUCUCAGAAGGAUGGGAACUUGUAUGAUGUCGGUUUCCUCAGACAUUUAUACGGCAGGUUCUCCCAGAGUACUCGUCUGGGUCUGAUGAUACCAUGUUCAAAUUUAAGAGUCCUGGGGCGUGACCCAUAAAGAUAUCUGGUCAUGCACAAAAUUCUGAACGUGAUUAAAGCUCAGAGGAGUUUGUGGACGCAUUCUGGCAGCUGAUGGGAUGCUUUCUUGCGAGUAAAGUAAUACACACCACAUACACACAAACAGUCCCGUGCAGUCCAUUUAACCUGAACACACACACCGAUUUCUGGUAAUACUCAAAAGAUAUGCCAAGAGACAAUCCAAGCCAAAGUAUUAGAAAUGCCCGUUUGAUCAACCUGACCCACCUGCUUCUGAAUGUAUAGUACAUGAAGCUUAAUGAAGCAGCUCAGUGUCUCACAGUUUGGCCUUCUGUCUUUUUUUUCCUGCCCAGUCAGCAGACUCACCUGGUUGCUGAUUCUCUCAGCCCUCACUGGCUCCAGCUUCUUCAUCAGCGUCCCCUGAAAAGACAAACAUGAAUAAAUCAACCCACAGAGUUAAAUAUUAUUUUAUGAUAAAUAUUGAUACGCAAACGUAUACUUUAUUAAACUUUGACACAUCAAGCAUCAUGUAGUCAUCCCAAGUGGGCGGUAAGAGGGUGAUAUACAAGAAAAGCCUGAAAGAUAAAAGCAGAGCAGAUGUCUUGCAGUAUGUGCUUCAAAGUGAGAGGGGUGUCUCCAAGGAGACGGUAGCGUGUGCUUGUUUAUAUAUUCCCUGCCAUGUCCUCUUUAUUUGUGAAUGUUUAAUGCACUCGAGAGGAUCAAAUGAUGGUUGAUGGACUGUUACGGAAAAGCUAGGAUAAAGAAGAAGAGGUUUCCUAAAGUGUGUUUCAUGGAGUUGAGAGAAAAUAGGCAACAGACAUUUUACCUUUGUGUUUGGCUAAUAAUUCAAAACAUUGUCAAAUAGUUUUCUCCCUCCUUUGAAUAUUGCUAAUAAUAACAGAAAAAGUUCUGAUGGCAGACAAGAUGAUAGGAGCAGAUGCUUCUUUUUUCUUUGCCCAACUGAACCAAAUAAACCUUUUUCUGAAGUAAAUGGAAGCAUUGCUCAAGGUAACAGCCAGCAACUGGGAUACGCAAAAUGAAAUCCUGAAGAGGGUUGGAGAGGGAAGAUGGGAGACAGACAAAGACAGAUUAGGGGAGAGCCUUUAACAUCAAGCAUAUUUCUCAGAUGAGCUGCGACUGGAUUGAGGCAGAUGAAGACAGUGAGUGAGGCAAAUUCAAAAGACAAUGCCAGUGUGGGAGAAAGACAUGAUUGUAGGUAGAAAAGGUCCUGAAAUCUCCUUUUCACUCCACUUCCCCCUAGGUGAUCUUUACUCAGAACAGUACAUCUGGCUGAGCUGACGUCUAGUCUAGAGCAAGAAGAGUAAGGGGGGGCAUCUGAGCGUAAAUGGAGCUUUAUGCCUGGCUUGCUGCUUGCCCAGCCAGGCCUGUAGAGAAAGGCCCCCUCUCCGCCCUUCCUGCUUCAUCUCUGCUUUUCAUCUCCCUCUUUACCCAUCCUUUUUAGUACUAUACCCCUUAGGGGCAUCCGACACUAAUACUCACUCUCUGUUUUCAUUCUCCUCCUCCGACUCCCUUUGCUUAUGUUGUAAAUGGAAGAAUAUCACAGCUAAUCCGUCAUGUUUAUGAAUAACGUGGGGGCCAGGGGAGAGUUGGGGCGCCUCGCCAGAAGCGGUGGCGUACAUCUCCGAUGCAUGCCCUGUGCUCGGCUGAUCCAAUCUGCUCCGAGCAGCGAUGGCCAUAGAAAAUGUCUCUGGGGAACAGCAGACGGGGUCAUUUUAAAGCAUAUUCCAUAGAAAAUCAUUUUUGACCUGGAUCGCUUUUCUCAAUUUCAACCCGAAUCCCACAACUGCUUCUCUACGGAGCUCCUGACACAAAAGUUCUAAAGGGAGAAGUGGACAUUCAAAAAAAUCGAUCCACAAUCUGCCCAUGAUUGUGAACUGUAUAGCUACUCCCUUUUGUAGAGAAACAUGACAGAUGUGCAUUACAUCUUUCAUGGAAAUAUGUAGUUAUUGUGUGAUCCACAAAGGAAGUGUAAAUGUACUCGUUUCACACGUGUUUCAAAGAAAUAAUGCACCAUGACAACAGUGUGUCAACUAAAAGUUUUACAACUAGUUCUCCAAUGUCAUUCAGAAUGAGGAACGGCUUGAAUUGUUCAUCUGUGAAGGUUUUUCUGGGGGGGAAAAAAGGCUCGGUGAUUAAUAGAUCGGCUCUACAAUGGUUUCCUCAUAAUCUCAGGCAUUAGGCGAGGGUUUUUUUAAUGACAAAUAAGCAGCAUUCAAUUAAUUAUACAAUCUCAAAGGGGAUUUAUGGAAGAAACAAUCAGUGCGGGACAAAGGGGGAGACGAUGCUAUUUUUCACAGAGACAGAGUGCCGUGAACCUCGGGUUACCAGAGCUCUCUGCGCCUUCACCUUCCUCCUCCUGUAUUUCGCUCCUCCGUUCAUCAUCACAGGAUAAGGAACACACUGGUAUUUCUCAAUCCAUUCCUAUUUUGCUCCUUUAGGCCAACACGGGUAAAAUAAAAUUUGAGUGGAUAGGAGAUGGUUCCUCGUUGUCGGCCCUCGGGCAUUAGCGGUUUUCUCAAAGAGACUGCAUUUGCUCAGCAAAUUACUGAACUACCUUUUUAGAGGUAACGCGCUAAUGCGACUUAAUGCCACUUUGUGCUGAAGUGGGCCUGCUCCUGUUAAAACUAUUAUAGAAAAUUGGAAUUAGCUGCUUGAGCCAUGUCUGGCACAUUCACAGUAAUAUUCAUUAGCGUGCUCUUAUACAUGUUGAAUCAACUGAUGUCUUAAAGCAUGCCGUCAUCAGCCCAGCUACACUUCUUCUGUGCUGCAUGGAAGAACCCAAUUUUUCACUGCAAAAUAUUCAGUAUGUUGGGACACAUUUGCAAAAACAUGUCCCUUUUGUUCUAGUUUGUGAAAGCCCUCGUGUGUGUACGCCAUUUAAAUUUUACAGGUAAACUACUGCAGAAGGUAAUUGUUUUUGUAUUUUCAUUUUUCACCUAAAAUCACCCUCCUUCAUAAUAAAUGGUGACUUGUAUCUGUGAAAAUAGCCCCUUGAAACACAGUAGACACAAAAACUGACAUAAUCCUCUCUCUAAGUUAGCCACUCCAUCAAUGUUGUUAUGAAGACUGAAGUAAAUGGAUCAUGGGCUUUCAUAGCAAACUCUCCAGCACUCUGCUAAAUACUACACCAUUGAUUCUAACCCGACGCAUUUGUAAACCUACACUGGAAAGCUUUGUAUGCUUUGUUACUUAACAUAUUCUCAUGUCGGUUUGUCUAAGGCUUUGGAACAUAAAGAAUUGUGGUCCCAGGCUUAUAAUUGGGACUCGCCCUCAGAUUUGAGCUCUUUUCCUGUCUGCAGAAUAACAAUUUAAAAAAAAAAUCAGUCUAGAUACACAACAUGUUUUAAAACAAUUUGAAGGUUACUCGCCUGUGAACCCCUGAAAAACAACUGAGGAAGAUGAAUAUCAGAAUUGUGUGCCUUAAUGGACGAAGUGCUGAGCAUUUUGUUUUCUAUUAUUGGAUUACUUAAGCAAUAUCUACCCAAGUGCAGGUGCCAGGAGGCUUAUUUGGGAAUUCUGGCUCAGAGGAAGCUCCAGUGGGAAACCUAAUCUUAUUUAGACUGGACAACAUGUGUGCCAAACAGCCCUCGGAUGUAUCACUGAGAUAAAUACAUGCUUUGGAUUCUCUGAGGGCAUUUAGGGAAAAUUCAGACAUCUCCGUUUGUCAUUCCUCCUUUUUUGCUCAGCAAUGAUGAACAGGUGCUUUUAUACUCAGGACGCUUUUCAGACUCUGAAUGAAUUAUGCGUUACUUUCACUUGUAUCUCUGCAAUAGUAGUCCUCUGUGGCAGCUUAACUGCUUUACUGUUACUGCUUUACUGCCCUGUCGUAAGCAGUAUCAUGCUUAAAAACAAACAAUCUAAUUAAAUCAAUAUAAUCAAAUGUGUGUUUUUUCAUUGGACAAAGGAAAUAAGGGAUAGAAGCUCUAGUGUUUGAUUUGAAAAAUUGAUUCGGGGACAAGUUUCACCUUUGCAAAAGUUUAGAGUCAGAAUGAUGGAGUGUUGAUUUAAGUAACUCUGUCUUAGUCCAGGUUUGAGACAGUUGAACCAAGCUGCAGGUGGCUGAUAAAGCAAAGGGUGGCUUUAGAUUUAGAACCUGUCAAUCAUUAGGUGCUGGAUUGUAAAAGUACACCUUUGCACCACAGUGGUAAGUGUACCUUGUAAGUAGAGCAAGGAAACCAACGAUGUGGGUGAAAGUGGUGAAACAUUAGAGAGAGGGGAAGAGGAGAAAUAGAGCAGAUGCCGUCAUAGAAUUGGCAGAAAAUGGAAUUGCUGUCUGCCUUUGUUAAUCAAGAGCUCUUAAGUUUGGUUGAGUAAUUUUGUUUGUGUGAAAACAAAAGCAUAAUUAACAUUCCACUCUCCCAGGCCAAAGGAAAAAACAAUAAUAAUUGAAUACGUCAGUUUAACAGGAGCCGAACGGAACAUUUUGUUGAAGAGGAGUCAGGUCGUCUCUGAGCGGAUGUAUUAACUAGGCUUGCAACACAUUUUUGAGAACUGUAAACAAAUUACAAAUGUCAUUUAUUUAUCUGUGUCAAGAUUUCCUUUCUAUCAUAUCACUGCACUUCUACAAGUUUCCUUUAUUAAUUACCUUUUACGAGCUUAUAAAACACCAAGUCCUAAAUCAAUCUAGGUCAGCUAAUGCAUUAGCAAGCCAUGAAACAAGCCAAUUCCAAAAUGACGUCCUUGUGAGCAGCAAGAGUGUAUGAUUAACAUGAUUAGCACCCUAACCCUGCUAAAUUCUUCUAUCUUCUUUCUCACUUCUUUGGGAUUUUUUUUUUUUUCGAGCGUGGAAAGUGCUUUAAUCACUGUCCCUCAACUUCAAAUGAUAUGCUAUGGUGUGGUGGGAAAGAAAAAUGGCUUUGGCUCAAGCUGCUGAGAAAAAUAAGCAGUGCUGUCACACUCCACGGGUAAUGUUUUGUGGCUCAUCUUUUUGUUCUGGCUGAAAUGUCUGGGGAGGGGUAGCGAGAAUCAGAUUGAUUCCUAAACUGGGCAAGGAUAAUCUUUCGGGCCGAAGAAAAAGCAGUGUAAAUCUUAAGAAUGUCAUACUUGAAGACAUCUGCCCUCGAAUUCCCACACUUUCAUAAUCCAGCAUCUGUGGCGAGGAGGGAUCCUCAAACAACAAUAGGUCUUGACACAGCACGCUGACAGAGCAAGUGACCUGUGACAGCCUCUUUGAGGAGAUUGUAUCCACUCAAAUACGUCCAACAAAUACAUCUUAUUUUUGGACCGCGGGGAUUUUCCCUGAAGAAUAACCUCAACCGCAGGGUGAAAAGUCUUGUUCCGCUUGGGAAGAAAAGGGUCGGACCAAAUCCAAUCCUUGUGCAGCAACCACGGAACAUAAGCCAGAAUGUGACCGGAAAGGUUUGUUUUUAUGGCUUCACUAGGGAAGAACAGUGCAACAGAGCUUUAUUUCCUUCUCAGAUUAAUUUAUACAUAAUCUGUAAUAUUGGAGCCAAAUGUGCUUUUAGUGACAUUAAAUCUUACAUCUUACUUAAUUAGACUUAAGUGUAAGAUUCACACUCCGUAUUCUUAGCAUUUUAAUGAGGAAUGUUGAAUUGUAUUUUGACAUCACUGCUCACUAUUUACAUGUCAAUCAUCAUUACCGAUACAAUGUCCCACCUACGAGCUAAAGCAUAUGCAAUAUUAGCAGACUACCGAUAUCUGGCGACACCAACUGACUGUGUAAUUGCUUCCUCCAAAAAACCUCUGCUCUGUGAAUGGUCUAUCAUACACCAGAGAAAAAGACACAGCGGUGGGUUUACUGUCGGCGCUGUGCAGGAGAGCGGAACAUGCUUUUUAUUUGGUUUCCUGUAGCCGCUUUCCCACAGCUGUCCACAUCUGGGCACAUAGUAAACUCAAGCAGAUGCCCUGGCAUUGGUUUUAGUCUGGUUGCACUCUUUUUUUUUUAAUGAAUUACACUCCGUAGAUGUAACUGCAUUAGUCCUGUAGUACCUUGUAAACAACCCCUCAGUCUACACUAACACAAAAGUGCCUUGCUGUCGCGCUAACAUGUUAACAGUUGAAUGGCACCUUUAUCUGCUGAGACUUAAUUAGGCUCAUUUAAUUUGAGCCUAAACAAGGAGGAUAUUACUUGAGUUUGCAACUCCAGUCAUUACGACACAGCAGGUGACAAGUUUACUUUGAACACAGUGUGAUUGUGUGUGUUUAUCGCCAGCGACUGCAAUAUAACGACAGAUUGUGCUGACUUUAUGUUGCUCUCAAGCAACAUUUCAGAAACCAAAAUGGCCACUGUUUUUGCACAAGGAAAAUGUGAUUCCACUUGUGCUCCUGUAUGAGUGAUCAAUAGAUAUAAUCUGCUAAUGGCCUGAGUUUAUGUCCACUGGCCUUAUGUCUUCAGCAGAAAUCUGCUCACUGAGGUACUUUUUCAGCCAAUGUCCUUUUUUAUACUCCUCCCAUACUUGGCACCACACACUCAUAUGGCCUGAUAGCCUGGCAGUGGCUAAUGUGUGCAAAUUGUCAUUGGGAGUCUUUUUAUAUCAAGCACCAGUGCUCAGCACUUCUUUAGAAGGUGACUUCAGCAUUUCUCUCCCUUCCAUCUCAUUUAGUGUGUAGAUCCAUUGUUGAAUAUACAGUACGGCUCUAUAAAGCAGAAACUGCCCUUGUCUUAUAGCCUGUCCUUGAGAUUGCAGUUAGCAGCAAGGUAGAAUGAUGAAGCUGUUUUCCCAUUUCAGCUUUGACUUCCAUACACUGUACAGGUAGCGUGUGGCUGUAUGUUCAAGUCACACAGCAUAUAUUAGCCCCAAAACACACGUUCAAAAACAGAGCACAACAAGCCAACCCAUUGCUACUCCUAUCAGGAUGCAGAUCAGGGUUACUAAAGGGGUAAUGAAGUAGCUCUUUGCUGAUAAUGGAACCACAAGCCGAAAAACAACCUCUUGACACUGAGCAGAACUGCAAACAUAGCACAUGGGAAAAAACUACUAGCCGCUUGGCCCCUCUUUACUUUUAACACUUUGUCAAGAACCCAACUUUUCCUAAAUGUACACCAAACAGGCGGCGGCUUGAAUUACAUAGUGAUUAAUCUGAUUUCAUUUCGGAGGCUUUGCCUUGGAAGGGAAAUGCUGCUGCUGCGGCUCUGUUGACGCGAGUUGUAAAUCACAGCACAAGUUAGCAAAUGUGUUUAACUUCCCUGGCUUUAUUUAUUAUCACAAUGGUAAUUCUCUUUCUGAAGUGAGUGAGGGUAUUGCUGGGAGCCGCGAGGGAGCUUGAGAACGUCAAAGUACUCGUGUUUAUUAUUCUGCCUUUUGUAUCGUAAGUCAAAGUCCGGUGCAAGUAAAGUUUCGAGAUACCUCACGGUUGAAGUCAUGACUUUGUGGCCGUUCUCGAUGAGCGCGAGUGCACAAAGCAGCUGUAAAAUACAUUUGUGGGCUGAGCAAGAAUUCAAAGGCCAGGAACCUUUUGUAACAGGUCAUUAAUUUUAAAUGCACUGCCUGGAGUCACAUCAGCUGCCUUGCACCAGAGUUACGGGCGAGCAUCAUGUAACAAACGCAUUCUAUAGGAUAUGGAAGAUGGGUUCUGUGAAAGUACCCUUUUGUACACUUGACCCAGGCCUCACUUUUAUACGUUUCCACAAUGUCAGUGAGUCACACUGCAGUUAAUCAGCAGUGCAAAUCAGACAGAAUUGCCGUGGUUUUACCGUCCACAUAUUUGACAGGAUCCUCAUUUAGAGGACACCAUUUACAAAUGAAAAUGAAUGUUGCCUCACACCCUGUUCAGGAACAACCUGGGGCAUUGCAUACAGCAGCAUGAGAACAAGCCGGGCUUCUUAAAGGACAGUUACAUUAUGAUCUCUUGAGCACUUUGUUUUAAAAUAUAUUGCAAUUUCACAGGAGUUGCUUUUUAGUUCGCAUGGAUCGUCACAUCCAAUUACUAUAUUCAACAUGCACUCGUGCUCCCAGUGCUCGCUUCCGGCUAUUGUGUUUGAUCAGGUAUACUUUUGACUCACUGUAGAAUCGACUGAUUGCCUGUUCGACCUUCAGCAGGCUGAAGGGAGCUUGAAACGGGGCUACCUUGUACAAUGAAUUCCUUUCACCGUCCUCCCCGUCUUUCUCCAUUUCAAUGAGCCACUUUGAAUGUGCAGUUUUUAGUUUUGUUGUCACAUUAGACUAUUCCCUCAUUCCUUGUGAAUGUGAUAAUUUUGGAAGAAAUAAGUUGCUAUGACCAACGUCAAUACAUUUGAAUUAUAAUAUAUAUGUGUGAAUAUCAGAGAACUGAAUGUGUUGAUUGUAAAAACAAAAAAAACAGAUAUAAAAUCAUGAUUAUGUGUACAAUGAUCACAUUACAUAAUUCGUUUUUUUGUCAUUGAAAAUCAGAAAUAGAGCAAGAUGAUAGCUAAUAGAAUUCUUGAAGCUAAACACCUAAAAUUAAUAUAAUACACCGUCCCUAACCAUGCAUCACCAGGCAGAUAUGAACGGCGGUAAGAAAAAAAAGGGGGAUUUCCUCAGGUUUUACACUAGAAUUGGUUCUGUCCUUCAGCUUAACUUUCAUACUUUAACUGUGAUGUGAAGUAAAUAUGGCUAGUGUGACUGGGGUGAAUUGCGUGGUUAAGUGGUAUUUGUCUUAAUUAACAGCAAAUCAAUUUUGUGCAAGCAACAAGCAAACACAGUGCCAAACACCUGCAAACUUUGAACAAGAGUAAAGCCGGGGUAGCUCUCAUUACCUUAAUGGAUCCUGAAAGGGAUAAGUGUAUGCUAUAUACAUGUAUUGCACAGCAUGUCAAGGACUUCCAGUGAUAAACCAUAAGGAUGCAUGGGGCAGGACAUCCGGUGUAACUAACAGCGCACUGCUGGCAAGAAAAGGACCAGUGUUCAAAGUAUGCGUUAUAUAGGAUAGAAAUUCAUUCAUUCAUUCAAACAUUUAGCGAACAAUACCCCCUCCAUCACUGUCAAAACGCAUGUCAGUUCAGUCAGGGACACAGAGUUGCAUCGGAAAGUUUUGCAGUUCAGUCUGAAGUCACUCAUUUGUAAUACAGUCUAUUUCUGAGGAGAUUUAUCCAUCGCGUUGGUUUCUCGUGCCAGAUACCCAAAAGCAUUGUUGGAAGGCGGCCAUGAUUGUCGUUUGGCUGUGUGCAGGCUGUGGCAUCUCAAAGCUGUUUCCAGACUGAUGUCUCCUCAUGAAAAUUUAAUGAAGAAAGUGUUUCCAAAAAGGUGGAGUUUACGAGAGCAGCGGAAGACACUAAUUAGCGAUAUCACAGCGGGGAAAGGAAAACUUAAAAGGUGCACAUAAACCUCAUUGGCAUUUAGAAUUUAGGUCUGGUUUUUUUCCUGAUUUCCCCUAACUUUACGGAGAGGCAGACAUUUUGCAAACGGAGAUCUCACGGCUCAUGGGAAAUUCCACUCUGCACCCUCUCCAAGAUCCUCACUUUCUGCAAGCAGAAUAUACUUCCCGCUUCACAGCCACGAGCUUCAGACAAAACUUACCCCAGACUUUGAUUUUCUUUGUUUCGCUAAAAGAGCAUGUUUGAAGUGAGGAGUUAUCUCCUCUCACAUCUCGAACGGCAGCAAGAUGUAGCCCGCCUCUGUUAAGUCAGUAAGUUGAGACACAGGCUGGGACAAGACAGCUUAUUCAACACAGCUAAGCCGCCUGCCACUAUCAAAGAACUUCAAAGGUGGAUAAAUGGUUAUCCAGUGGAGCUAGGGGCUCUUAUUUUCUGUCAUUUAAAGAAUUCUGGGAAAUACUCCGUUUAGGUUACUCCUAGCUUGUUUAACUGACAUAUAAUGUUGUCUAUCUUCUCACCUAAUGCUCAGCAAGGAAGCAAAUAUUUGGAUUUCCUCGAUUACAACCUGAACUUCUCCUUCAACUGGGUGGAGAUGGCUAAACUGUGCUGUUGUCCAUUUUCCCUUCUUGUUCAUCAACAUUAGGACCAGCUGCCCCCUGGUUUCCCCACCAUAGACAUGGGCCCACAGUUGAAAGUGGUGGAGCGAACACGCACUGCCACUAUGCUCUGUGCCGCCAGCGGCAACCCCGACCCAGACAUCUCCUGGUUUAAAGACUUCCUCCCUGUCAACACCACCACCAACAAUGGACGCAUUAAACAGCUCAGAUCAGAAUCCUUUGGUGGUACACCAAUAAGAGGAGCCCUCCAGAUAGAGCAGAGCGAAGAGUCUGACCAGGGGAAGUAUGAAUGUGUGGCGACCAACAACGAUGGAACCCGCUACUCUGCCCCCGCAAAUCUAUACGUCAGAGAGCUACGAGAAGUACGCCGGGUGCCCCCACGAUUCUCCAUUCCACCUACAGACAAUGAGAUCAUGCCAGGCGGCAGUGUCAAUAUCACAUGCGUGGCAGUGGGCUCUCCCAUGCCGUAUGUCAAGUGGAUGCUGGGUGCAGAGGACCUUACGCCAGAGGACGACAUGCCCAUUGGACGGAACGUCUUGGAGCUCACAGACGUCCGGCAGUCGGCCAACUACACCUGUGUGGCCAUGUCGACCCUGGGGGUGAUAGAGGCUGUGGCACAGAUAACGGUGAAAGCGUUGCCCAAGGCUCCUGGCAUUCCUGUGGUGACAGAGCGCACAGCCACCAGCAUAACACUGACGUGGGACUCUGGCAAUCCGGAACCAGUGUCCUACUACAUCAUCCAACACAAGUCCAAGUACUCGGAAGACUCGUACAAGGAGAUUGACGGUGUAGCCACCACUCGGUACAGCGUGGGAGGCCUCAGCCCUUAUUCGGACUACGAGUUUCGGGUGGUGGCGGUGAACAACAUCGGCCGAGGGCCACCCAGUGACAGCAUCGAGGCCAAAACAGCUGAGCAGGCACCCAGCACGGCACCGAGGCAAGUCAGAGGUCACAUGAUGAGCACCACCACCGCUGUGAUCCACUGGGAUGAACCGGAGGAGGCUAACGGGCAGAUCAUGGGUUACCGAGUCUACUACACCAUGGAUUCCACCCAGCACGUCAACAUCUGGGAGAAGCAGAUUGUUCGGGGGUCUAACUUUGUCACCAUCCACGGCCUCAUCCCCAAUAAGACCUACUACAUCAAGGUUCUGGCCUACACCUCAGUAGGCGAUGGACCUCUUUCCGUAGACCUUCAAAUAAUCGCAAAGACGGGAGUUCCCUCCCAACCAACCGACUUCAAAGGAGAAGCCAAAUCAGAAACAAGUAUUUUACUGUCAUGGAUCGCCCCAGCGCAGACUGGACAGGAAAAUCAAAUCACAGAAUAUGAAGUUAUGUACAGGAAGAGGGACGACAAAGAGGAGAAACGCAUCAGCUUUGAGCCAACAACAACAUACCUGCUGAAAGACUUGAAGCCCUUCACAACUUAUACUUUUCGGCUGGCUGCCCGUAGUAAACACGGAGUUGGAGCUUACACCAAUGAGAUCUCGGCAGAAACUCCACAGACACAACCCUCAGGCCCACCUCAGGAAGUCCAGUGCUACAGCCCCAGCUCCACCAACAUCCUGGUAAGUUGGCGGCCACCCCCAAUGGAAUUACAAAAUGGGAUCAUAACGCAAUACACCAUCCACUAUACUGCAACUGAAGGCGAGGACGCCACUGCUCGUCAAAUCUCCAGCAUCCCUCCGGAGAGCUCUCAGUACCUUUUGGAAAACCUGGAAAAAUGGACAGAUUACCGCGUGACGGUUACCGCUCACACAGAUGUCGGGGCAGGACCGGAAAGCCUGCCGCAGCUCAUCCGCACGGAGGAGGAUGUUCCUAGCGGGCCACCUCGUAAAGUUGAGGUGGAGGCUGUCAACUCCUCAUCAAUUAAAGUGAUCUGGCGUUCACCGAUGCCCACCAAGCAGCACGGUCAGAUCCGAGGGUACCAGGUGCACUAUGUCAGGAUGGUUAAUGGGGAGCCCACAGGACAGCCAGUCAACAAGGACAUCCUGAUUGAUGAUGCCCAGUGGGAGUACGAUGAUUCUACCGAACAUGAAAUGAUCAUCACAGAACUGCAGGCUGAGACCACAUAUUCAGUUACUGUGGGAGCCUAUACAACCAAGGGCGACGGUGCACGCAGCAAGCCCAAACUGAUCACCACCACUGGCGCAGUUCCUGAUAAACCUCGGCUAAUGGUCAGUACAACCAACAUGGGCACCGCUCUCCUCCAGUGGCAUCCCCCCGCAUUAACCCACGGCCCCCUGCAAGGCUACCGCCUCCGCUUUGGCCGCAAAGACGUGGAUCCGCUGACCGUCAUCGAGUUCCCCGAGCGAGAGAACCACUACACUACCAAAGAAAUCCAUAAGGGAGCAUCGUACACUUUCCGUCUUUCCGCACGCAACAAGGUGGGCUUUGGUGAAGAGACGGUCAAAGAAGUCACCACGAAUGAGGACGUGCCAAGCGGCUACCCUCAGAGCAUUACAGCAGAGGGUGCCACCACCUCCACCAUUCAGGUCAGCUGGCAACCUCUUUUGCUGGCGGAGCGAAACGGCCAAAUAGUGAAAUAUGCUCUGCAGUACAAGGACAUCAAUAGCCCACGCAGUCCCUCAGAACUCUUCAUCACCGCCCCGGAAUCCACAGUCACCCUGGAUGGCCUUAAGGCAGAUACCACUUAUGAUAUUAAAAUGUGUGCCUUCACCAGCAAGGGCUCUGGUUCCUAUAGCCCAAGUGUCCAAUUCAGGACACAGCCUUUGGAUCAAGCAGUGUUUGCAAAAAAUUUUCAUGUGAGAGCUGCCAUGAAGACAUCCGUGUUGCUGACCUGGGAAAUCCCAGAUACCUACAACCCAGCUCAGCCUUUCACUAUCCUUUACGACAAUGGGCAGAGUGUGGAGGUGGAUGGGAAGCUAACACAGAAGCUAAUCGUGGGUCUUCAACCUGAGACGCAGUACUCCUUCCUCCUGACCAAUCGUGGCAACAGUGCCGGCGGUCUGCAGCAUCGCGUGUCUACCAUGACGGCCCCAGACAUUCUCCGCAGCAAACCCGACCUGGUUGGCAAGACCAACUCAGACGGUAUAGUGACUGUGGAGCUACCAUCGGUGCAAACAGCUGAGAGAGUAAGGGGAUAUUACAUCGUGGUAGUGCCUCUGAAGAAGCAACGCACCGGCAAGUUUUUCAAACCCUGGGACAAUCCCGAUGAGAUGAAUUUGGAGGAGCUGCUGAAGGAGAUAAACCAAACUAGCAGAGGCCUUCGCUUCCAGAGGCAGGCAGAACCCAAAGCCUAUAUCGCUGCCUACUUCAAAGUCCUGCCCAACAAUUUCAACCUGGGAGAUGGCAAGACCUACAGGGGCUUUGAAAACAAGCAACUCCAGAAUGGCCAGGACUACAUCUUCUUUGUGCUUGCGGUUCUGGAAAUGUUGGAAAAUAUCAUGUAUGCCACAAGCCCCUACUCGGACCCGGUUGUGUCGCCCGAUAUCGACCCCCAGCCGAUCAUCGAUGAGGAGGAAGGCCUUAUCUGGGUGGUGGGCCCUGUGCUAGCCGUCGUCUUCAUCAUAUGCAUCGUCAUUGCCAUCCUCCUCUACAAAAGCAAACCAGACAGAAAAAGAGCAGAAUCUGAAGCUAGGAAAGGCAGUCUCCCCAACAGUAAGGAAAUGCCGCUGCACCAUCCCACUGACCCGGUGGAGCUUCGACGCCUCAACUUCCAAACGCCUGGUUCAGGUGCGUCCAGUCACCCCAGUAACCUCCAUUUGUCAAGUAUGGCUAGCCACCCUCCAAUCCCAAUUAUGGACCUGGCAGAUCAUCUGGAGCGCCUGAAAGCCAACGACAACCUCAAGUUUUCACAAGAAUAUGAGUCCAUUGACCCCGGUCAGCAGUUCACGUGGGAACACUCUAACCUGGAGGUCAACAAACCAAAGAACAGAUAUGCCAACGUGAUUGCCUACGACCACUCCAGAGUCUUGCUCUCCGCUAUUGACGGUAUCCCUGGAAGUGACUAUAUCAACGCCAACUACAUUGAUGGCUAUAGGAAGCAGAAUGCCUACAUCGCCACCCAAGGAUCCCUGCCAGAGACAUUUGGUGAAUUCUGGAGGAUGAUCUGGGAGCAGAGGAGUGCAAUCAUCGUCAUGAUGACCAAACUGGAGGAGAGGUCCAGGGUUAAAUGUGACCAAUACUGGCCUACAAGAGCGACAGAGACGUACGGCCUCAUCCAAGUGACACUGCUAGACACAGUAGAGCUGGCCACAUACUGUGUCAGGACAUUUGCACUUUUUAAAAAUGGCUCCAGUGAGAAGAGAGAGGUGAGGCAGUUCCAGUUCACGGCCUGGCCGGACCACGGGGUACCGGAGCACCCCACUCCUUUCCUGGCCUUCCUCAGACGGGUGAAAGCUUGCAAUCCUCCGGAUGCGGGGCCAAUGGCGGUACACUGCAGUGCUGGGGUGGGACGCACAGGUUGCUUCAUCGUGAUUGAUGCCAUGAUGGAGCGUAUCAAGCACGAGAAGACUGUGGACAUCUACGGGCAUGUAACGCUAAUGCGUGCCCAGCGCAACUACAUGGUGCAGACAGAGGACCAGUACGUCUUCAUACAUGACGCGCUCCAGGAGGCCGUCAACUGCGGCACCACCGAAGUGCCCGCCAGAAACCUAUACGCCUACAUCCAGAAACUGACGCAGAUAGAGGGUGGAGAGAAUGUCACCGGCAUGGAACUUGAGUUCAAGCGUUUAGCCAACACUAAAGCCCAUACAUCACGAUUCAUCAGUGCCAAUCUUCCCUGCAACAAGUUCAAGAACCGCCUUGUUAACAUAAUGCCAUACGAGUCCACGCGCGUGUGUCUUCAGCCCAUUCGGGGAGUUGAAGGCUCUGACUACAUCAAUGCCAGUUUCAUUGACGGGUACAGGCAACAGAAAGCAUACAUUGCCACACAAGGACCACUGGCAGAGACCACGGAGGACUUCUGGAGAAUGCUCUGGGAGCACAACUCCACUAUUGUCGUAAUGCUCACCAAGCUUAGAGAAAUGGGCAGGGAAAAGUGCCACCAGUACUGGCCAGCGGAGAGGUCAGCCAGAUACCAGUACUUUGUGGUGGACCCCAUGGCCGAGUAUAACAUGCCCCAGUAUAUCCUGAGAGAGUUCAAAGUGACUGACGCCAGGGAUGGACAGUCGCGGACAGUAAGGCAGUUUCAGUUCACAGACUGGCCUGAACAAGGAGUGCCAAAAUCAGGGGAGGGCUUCAUCGAUUUCAUCGGCCAAGUACAUAAAACAAAAGAGCAGUUUGGCCAAGAUGGGCCUAUCUCAGUCCACUGUAGCGCGGGUGUUGGUAGAACUGGAGUUUUCAUCACCCUCAGCAUCGUCUUGGAACGAAUGAGAUAUGAGGGCGUAGUAGAUAUCUUUCAGACAGUGAAAAUGUUACGGACACAGAGACCAGCUAUGGUGCAGACAGAGGAUCAAUACCAGUUCUGCUACAGAGCUGGCUUGGAGUACCUGGGAAGCUUUGAUCACUAUGCAACGUAAAAGACCCAGUAUUGGAAGAAAAAAGCAGAGGGCCCUUUGGAAAGAAAACCCAGUGAGCCUCUCUUCUGAGCCAUAAAUUCCUGCUUGAGAAAGUACUCCUUAACUCCUUGCUAACAACUCAUUAAGUGUUGGAUGUGUGACAUGACUCGUCAAAAAAUGAAAAAGAUGAUUCCCGGAGGACCAAGUAUUUCCCGACCCCCGAUAAAAACCUCGCCUUGAUACAAAGUGAGGGAAUCCUGACUGUUGAAGCAUCGUCUGGAAUUAUCUUUUCUCUUGCUUCGAGGAUUCAUUUUGGGGGCUCAUGAAACUGAAUGAAACCAACACAACAAAAAUAUAAAUGAACAAUAAUGACAUCGUCAGAAAUGCAUCAGUGAUUAUGAACCAUUACGAGAGACAUCGGAGGCACACAGAAUUGGGGGUGGGGGGGGGACUUGAUGCACAUUGUAAAGAAAAAAAAAAAAUCAGUUCCACCAUCAAGUACACACAGAUAAACCAUCGAAAAAGAAGACAAUGCUUGGUCCACAACAGCAAGACAGACAAAAAGUAAUAAUGAAUAAAUACCACUUUUCCUGUCACAAUGUUCAUCAUCUAAAUUUUGGAGAGGGUAACGCUCAAAUGAUAUAUUAAAUAAAUAAAAAUGAUUGAUUUAGUUUUUUAGUACUUUAUUAUACAGCUGAUGUGCUUUUUUUGAACUGUGUGAAUUUCCUUUUUUUACACAAAUUUAUUGCUUGGAAAAAAGUGAUAAGAUGUAUUUACGUAAUUGUUAUUGUUUUUUUUAAAGCUGUAGAACUGUUCUGGAGUAUGUGCUAUUUAGCAGAGGAUUUUUUUUUUUUUUUAAAGACAUUUUGUUUCUAUUCGUUUCCUUCAUUUUGCUGCACUUGGUGCACAGAACAGAAUUCACACUACCAAAAUGUAGGUUUGUUCAAGAGUUAUUUUUGAUUUUUUUGUUUGUUUUUUGUCCAUGAUCACAUACAUGGUAAUUAACUCCUCCCAUAGGAAUAACUGGGGCUUUGUGGAAUCAACAGGGAUGAGCAAAGUAUAAAGUUGCUGCUACCGAUUAUCUUAGUUCUUCCAUGUUAGAAGGAUGAGAAGAGAACCUGAUGAAUUGGAUGAGAUAUAUGAAUUUAUAAAUAUAUGGUACAGAUUGUCAAAUACAUGUGAAAUAUAUACGAAAGCAUAAAUAGAACAUUCUAAAUACAUAGACGUAAUAUAUGAAGAAAAGUAUACGAAAGAUGGACCGUCUAUGACAGCUUCCAGAUGGAGAGUUGUGCGCUAUGGGGGAAAUGAAAUGAGAUAUUUCACUGGAAUGCACAUCAGUAGGAACACAGUUGUAUUCUGAUUCAGUGCAUCUGUUCUUGUGCAAUAAAUACAUGUGUGUGUGUGUGUUCAGAUAGGGGUCUAUGUGGAUGUGACAUUCACUCGUGACAUUCUUGUUUCACACGCAACUGGAGGUGUGGGAGCGGGAAUGUCGGGUGCCAGUCAAAGCAUCACUGGUGCAUUUUAUUUUUAUUUUAUUUCCAAGCUCUCAUACAGUCAGUAAUUAAUGGCAGAAGGGUCACACAGCCGCAAUCACCGCUCCACACAAUAGGGCAAGGUACAAAGAAGUCACUUUCUUGUGCUUCUUUAAAGCAUCCAAUGGUAAGAAGUUGUUUUUUUUGCAUUUAGAGUGCCUUAUAUUUAUGCCUGUUUUUAUAAUGUUUCAUUUAACAUAUUAAUGUACCCUUUGAGUAAUCUAGGCAUUUAGUUCAACUGUAACCAUAUAGUUUAUUUACCUUUUUGUAUUCAUCGUCACAUAAUGAGAUUAUAUAUGCAAUUAAGAACAUUUCAAAGUUCAUCUUUUGUUUCAUUUUCAGUGGCCUUACUGUGGGCUGAGUAAAUUAGAAUAAAACUCUAAAUACAUCACUGGCCUCCACAGAAAACACUCAAGAAUACACAAUAGUUACAAAACAUAUAUUGAACAAACGCAGACAUAGAGACAGGGACGAUAAUGCAGAAUACAUAAAGAUAAAGAGGCCCGUCAUAACGGCAAUGAGCUUUGAACAGAUUUUCCACACGGUCACAUUUUAAGACAGCAAUUAUCCAAUUUUAAAAUGACCAAACUAAAAACUCAUUUGGUUAAAAAGAAUGCCGGAUGCACACGUCAUCACCUCAGGGUUUCUCCUUCAUGCCUUGGGUUUGAAUUCUGGCCUUCAUGUGCGUCACUACGACACAACAGAGAGUGGAUCGAGAAACGCAAUCUGCAACUAAACGUUCUGUUAUGCUGACGAUCCUAAACGGUGCGGCAUGUUGCUUUUCAUUAAAUGGCAUUACAGUUUGAGACUGGGCUUUAGUUUGGUUCGUGUUGAGCAGCAUCCGGACCCUCCUGAUAGCCUUGUGGAUGUGCAUUCCAGGUACUUUCUUUCCCUUGUAAACUCAAGCAGCUGUGUGUUUUCAUUUGUGUCUGCUUAACCGAUUACUUUUGUCAUCAUUGUGAGACAUAAAAGUGCUAUUAUUUAACUUCAUGGUGGCUAAUGUGACAUUAUGUUCAAGUCUCAGAUGUUUAUUUUCCUCAUCUCAGUUUUUCCUUUAUAUGUUUUUUUUUUUUGUUUCUAUUGAUUUCUCAUCUGCAGGGUGAUACAUUGCAGAAUGGCCAAAGCUGGCCAGGUAGAAAGAUUUGCACUUUCUCUAUCUUUGUACUAUGCACUGCCCUAUUGAUUCUUAACCCAACAAUAUAUUACUUGAACCCAUCUAUAAAAAGAAAAUCUCCUUAAACGUUCACUUUGUGUGUAUGUAAAUAACACAAAAAAGGUAUCGACUCUUGAAAAAGACAAAAAAAAACAAAAUACGUUUGUGGCGAAAAAAGAGCAUCCAUCCCGAUGCCAUGGUUACUCCAGCAAAUGACUUCAGAAGAAUCUGUCCCCCAACCAUCUGUUCUUGUGGCUUUGCCAUUCAAGCUUGGAGUGUCAUUAACAGAAAUAAACGUCGUGUUCUCUGCUCUCUCUAUCUAUCUCUCGUCUGGAUGCAUAGACUGAAAAUUAAAUAAUGAAAUUGUUAAAAAAAAUAAAUAAAUGAAAAAAAAAAUGGCUUGUUAAAAAGAUCAUACAAUUACCUCUGAUUAGUUGUAAGCGUAAACUGUUUCUUUUUCUGAAUGAAAGGAGUGCUUUUUAUUUUCUUACACAUUGGUGGCGAAAGAAGUCUGUGUGAAAAUCAGUUCUUUGCUGACACAAGUUCCAUUUGUUAUAAAUUAAUUCUAUUAAAAAAUGUCAGUGUUAUGCAUCGACGUUUCACUUGUUUCCCUCCACCUCACUCGGACUUGAAAAGACGGAUGGAGCCUAUUUUACCUGCUUACUGGUCUGGGUCCAACACAUUACCCACAGUUCUCCCAUGAAAGGGGAAACUGAGCCUCACCACGUUUUAACAGAUUUCCAUCGCUCUGCUUUUUGUUUCUGUCACUGAUGUCAGCUACAAUGUAUCGUCAGGGGAACCUUUGACAGAUGUGCAAUGUUUUCAAAGCUGCCUGCCUUUGUUUUCACCACACAUUUUGUUCACCAUACCAACCAAGUGGUGUAGUGUUGUAACUCGGAAAUUAAAACUACAUUGCAUACCA